CCUGUCACUCAUCUUGUUGCACUUUGCAGCCAAGUUGUGAGGGUUUUGCAGGGUUUUUGGAGUUUUGGAGGCUACUGCUGCUAAAUCUCUAUAGCACCCCUAAUUUUUCUCACGCUCGCUGUCACGUAUUUCCUUGAAGUUGGGUUUCUGCUAAUUGCCAACAAAAGAGGUUCAGUUUGGCACGAGAUUAGCAGCAGCAGCAGCCCCUCUAAGGAGUAUUCGUUGAUUUAGUGUAGCUUUGAUUCGUUGCAAUGUCGCUUCCAAUUCCAGAAGCCCCAUGUUUUUUGAAUUUGCAGCAGUAAAGAGAGAGUGGAGGUAAGCAGAGAUGGCCAUGAGGCUAGGUGUUACGCCGACACUGCACUUAUCGUGCAGGCUUCGGCUGCUUCGUUUAGAGUCUUCGCGUCAAUUCUCAACCUCUUGUCCUUUGCUCGUUCGCCUGCCAAUCUGGAGGCGAAAUUUUCACUUCCCUUCCCAUUCUAGUGUUCCUCGCAUUGGGCUCUGGCGCCGUUCAAUCGUAGCUAUCUCCUCAGGGCCAUUCGGAGAAGGAGAGGAUACGACUGAUGCGGGGAAGGCAAAGAGCAGGAGGAGUGUAGCGUAUGACUUGUCGAGUGGAUUUUUACAAACGCGCAGGCAAACUGAGAAGAUCGCAUUAAGAAAUUUGGCACAGGAUGAUGAUGUCGAGGAUUGGGAGAAACCUGACGACGAUUAUUUGGCAAAUUCCGAUAAGUUUGUGCAAAAUCGAAGAGAUGACUCACGUAGAGAAAGUUUGAGGUACAGGCAAGAUAAUAAUAGGAACAGCAAGAGAAACAUUCUUUCAUCAUCUGAGGAAGACGACGUCGAUGGGAACUAUAGCUUGAAUAGCUCGCAACCUCGGAGCAGGGGAAUUAGGUCAACACGGGAGGAGGGUUAUGACGAGGAUUCAGAUGAGGAAUUCGGCAAUUGGACGGGUUCCAAAGAACCCAGUCAAAACUUCAAGAAGUCUAGCCUAUAUAAGAAAUCAGCGCCGCCUUCUGACGAUGAUGUGAAGCCUCAGCAAGGCACUGGGUCAAUUAGGUAUUCUCCGCUUCCCCCCUCAUCGGGAGCUGCUAGCAAACCCGCCAGAUCCUCAGGUCGCAAGCUACCUCGGUCCAAUCCGAAUCCCUCUUUAUCUUCUUCUACCAUUGAAUUGUCUAAGGUUGAAUCCGAUGUCAACAAUUCAUCAGGGGGUACAGAUUUUAUCCCACCUGUUAUCAAACCCGAACUUCCCUACCAGUACAGUUAUACCGAAACACCCAAAGUUGCGCCAGUAGGGUUUAGGGAGCCAGUGUACUCCCCAUUCGGACCUGAAGGGGUGAACAGGCCGUGGACAGGACGACCACCUCUUGCGAAGAGCAAAAAGAAGCCACGAGAGUUUGAUUCAUUCAAUCCGCCACCGAUUGGUAGAAAGGGCGUCAAGCCUGUUCAAGCACCUGGGCCAUACCCAGAGGGCCAAGGGCCGAAGCUGGGGCGAUCGAGGGAGGAGAUCUUAGGAGCACCUCUUACCAGCGCCGAGGUGAGGGAGCUUGUGACCAAGGCUCGAAAAGAACCUCGACAGAUCAAUUUAGGAAGGGAUGGCUUGACGCACAACAUGCUAAAUCUUGUGCAUGAGCAUUGGAAACGCCGCCGCGUUUGUAAAGUAAAGUGCAAAGGUGUCCCAACCGUGGACAUGGAUAAUGUCUGCCGCGUGCUUGAGGAAAAAACUGGUGGCAAGAUUAUUCUUCGACAAGGGGGUGCAGUAUAUUUAUUUCGUGGACGCAAUUAUAACUAUAAGACUCGGCCUGUAAUUCCGCUUAUGUUGUGGAAGCCACCCGCACCUAUAUAUCCUAAACUCAUAGAAAAAGCACCUGCAGGUUUGACUAUCGAAGAGGCUAAUAAUCUUCGGAAGCUGGGACGGGAACUCCCGCCCGUUUGUCAUUUGGGAAAAAAUGGAGUAUAUGUUAAUCUUGUUCGGGAUGUGCGAAACGCCUUCAAAGUGGAUGACCUGGUUAAAGUGGACUGCAAGAACAUGAAUCCCAGUGAUUAUAAGAAAAUCGGUGCUAAACUUAAGGAUCUGGUGCCAUGUGUACUCCUCUCUUUCGAACGUGAAAGCAUCUUGAUGUGGCGAGGACCCGAAUCGCUAACUGAGAGCUCAAAUAGCGUUCAAGGAGAUAGCUCGGGUGAAGCUCAACCAGAUUUUAAUCAAGAGUUACCUGAAGACGGUCAAGAGCUGCUGGGAAAGACAUUGCUGAACGAAGGAAGUCAAAUAUUGGACUUUUCUUCAAAUGAAGAUGAGGAGCUUGCUAUGUACGAAACAGACACAGACACAGACGAAGACCAAAGCUUGGAAGCAGCCUACGAUUCGGACAUAGAUGAAUCAAGUAUUGAUGUAGAUCAAUCCUUUGAAGCAGAGUACGAGCACGACGAUGAACAUGGCUAUGAAUCAUUAGGUGGAAACGUCCGUGUAGAGAUGGAUCCAGAAGUGGAAAAAGCAGUUAGGGAAUUUGAGUCAUUAUAUCAAGGAGCAUUAGACUCGGAGCAAGCUUUGGUAUUAGAGGAGAGUGAGCUGGACCCUGACACUUUACUUCAAGUGGUGAAAAGUCGUUUCGGUGGUGCUUUCGGCGCUCCAGCCAAAUACAGAAGCAAAAGAAACAGAAACGAAGUUGUAGGUAGGAAGGCAUUGCUUAGGGCUUCACAAACACAAACACAGGAUUCUUCAGCGCAAGACGAUGAUGAUAAAGGAGGUCCUGAGGAAGCAAGUAAAAAGCCACUGAAGGGUCUGAGGUUGGAUCCUGCAGUGCUGGAUAGGGUGCCCAAGGAUCCUUCUGGGUUGUUGCAAGUUGAUGAAUUAGCCAAACUCUUGGCUCCAUAGGUGAAUUCUUAGCAUAGCAUGGGAUUCUUUGCACUCUUGGAUCACUGUAUUCAUAUUUACUAAUCUUCGUGGAGAGGGUUUAACAUGGCGUGUUUCAAAGCUCGAUCAGAGAUUAGAAUUUUUACUUAGGACUCUAGUGUUAUUUGAGGAUUUUGGGUCAUUGUUCAACAUAUUAUCACAGUGAUUUUAACUUUGAUACAUGUAAAAUUCGCUUGCCAUGCAAACUUAAAAUGAUGAACAUGGAACUAUCCUGCUUUAACAUAAUAAAAUUGCGUGAUGGCAUUUAUGAAGUUC